AUGAGUGCUUGGGAUGCAUACAUUACCAACAUGCAGGCCUCAGGUCUUCAGAUCUGUGGGAUAUAUGGUCUUGAAGGAGGGCCAUGGGCUCAGUCACCACAGAUGAAAGCAUCACAACAAGAGGUCGCUGCAAUUGUGACAGGGAUACAAGGCCAGCAGUUCCCCAAUGGUAUUACCAUUGGUGGUCUACGCUACACUGUAAUUCGUAUGCUCCCUGACACAGUUACAGCCAAGUGCAGAGGUGCUGAAGAUACCUCAGCAAACUACCUUGUACAUGCUGCUCUAGCUAAAACCUGCAUCAUUAUUGGGGGGAUGUGUGGUCCAUCAGAGCGUGACACCACCAAACUAGUAGAGGACAUCAGGGAUUACUUGGUUAAGAGUAACUAUUGA